AAUAGCCAUAGUUUCUGUGCAAACAAUUCAAAAUAAACGCCAAUCUCUCGUCCCGCAAUCAUGAUCCAAUAAUGACUAAUUGUGCAAGUGUCUAAGUGCGAAAAUGCGUACGCGGAAAAUCAAGUGAAAAACACCCAAAACACACACGCGAGCAAACACGGUCGAGAAAAAAGACGAGAGUGUGAAAGAAGAAAAAAAAAUACGAAGAAAAAAAACAAACACAAAUAUCAUGGCGACCAAUUCAUCGAAUACAGGUUGGAAUAAUUUUUCCUUCCUCAGUAAGUGGCACUUGAGCAAGCUCAGUGACCCGUUUCAGCAGCAAAAAUUCCUCACGGACAAGAAAACGCUCGAAAAGACGUGGAAACUCAUGGACAAAGUAGUGAAAUUGUGUCAGCAAAGCAAAAUGAAUCUGAAAAACUCACCCCCAUUCAUUCUGGACAUUUUGCCAGAUACAUAUCAAAGAUUGCACCUAAUCUAUUCUAAAUACGAAGAUCAAAUGCAUUUACUACACAAUAACGAUCACUUUAACAUUUUUAUCAAUAAUCUCAUGCGGAAGUGCAAGCAGGCCAUUAAGCUGUUCAAGGAGGGCAAGGAGAAGAUGUUCGACGAGAAUUCCGGGUACCGCCGAAAUCUCACGAAACUCAGUCUCGUCUUCUCGCACAUGCUGAGCGAACUGAAGGCCAUCUUUCCCAACGGGCUCUUUGCCGGCGAACAAUUUCGCAUCACCAAGUCGGACGCCAAUGAAUUUUGGAAAUCGCGAUUCGGCAAUAGCACCCUCGUACCAUGGAAAAUAUUUCGACAUGAGUUAUCUCAAGUGCAUCAAAUUUCAUCCGGACUGGAGGCGAUGGCACUAAAAACGACAAUUGAUCUUACGUGCAAUGAUUAUAUAUCAAAUUUUGAAUUUGAUGUCUUUACAAGGCUGUUUCAACCAUGGAGUACACUUCUGCGUAACUGGCAGAUACUUGCAGUGACACAUCCGGGUUAUGUUGCAUUUCUAACGUAUGACGAGGUGAAGGCGCGUCUCUCAAAAUAUAUUACAAAGGCUGGUAGUUAUGUGUUUAGAUUAUCGUGUACAAGGUUAGGACAAUGGGCGAUCGGAUAUGUCACGGCUGACGGAGAAAUAUUGCAGACGAUACCGCAGAAUAAAUCGCUGUGUCAGGCGUUACUUGAUGGGCAUCGUGAGGGAUUCUACUUGUAUCCCGAUGGACGACCGAAUAACCCAGAUCUGUCGUUUGCUGUACAAAGUCCUCUUGAAGAUCACAUCACUGUCACCCAGGAGCAAUAUGAACUCUACUGUGAAAUGGGAAGUACCUUUCAACUGUGUAAAAUAUGCGCGGAAAAUGACAAAGACAUUAGAAUUGAGCCCUGUGGACAUUUACUGUGCACGCCGUGUCUCACCGCGUGGCAAGUUGACUCCGAAGGACAAGGUUGUCCAUUUUGUCGCGCAGAAAUCAAAGGAACUGAACAAAUUGUCGUCGAUGCGUUCGACCCGAAGCGACAACACAACCGUAACUCUGCCAAUGGCAAGCAGCAAGUGGAAGAUCACGAUGACGAUCCUGAGGACGGCGAUUUUAACAUACAAACAUCAUCACUACAUGCAUUAAGUAACACUUUGUCUAGAAAUCCAAAGCAUAGUCCACCCGGUUCGCCUCAACUCUCACGUAGAACGCCACAACUGCAAUAUAGCAACAACACAACUAGCACAAAUUCAUCCGAGAGUCUGUACGCGACACAAACGCCCUUGCCGCCAUUACCGCCACCAACAACGACGCACAACAUAAACGGCAAUCUAGCGACUCACACUAACAUUUCCCUAUCUAGCAUGGACGGUGCCGCCACAACUGAAGUCUCGUCUGCCUCUUCUUCAUCCUCGUCGUCGUCAGCAGCUUCAGUUCCGAAAUUGUCCUGCAAAAAUAACGGAGCUUUAGCACGUGGAAGUAUCAAAAAACCUCUUGAAGAUGCGAAAGAGCUCAAAGCGCCUCCCUUGCCGCCACGAAAAGCUUCAAGCAACAACAACAAUAAUUCGUCGUCGCAAGUGCCCGGCUCCCAAACGAUGCACGAGAUGAGCAACGGUCACAACAGCAGUGAAAAUAUCACGACUUUGUGCGAUUUUGAUGUGCCCCGUACGACAGCGCCUCCCAUUCCGAAACACCAGACGCCUCCGCCGAUCGCCUCGCGUACCGCAAUCGAUCAAUUAUCGCACGAUUUCGCGGCAAUUUCGACCCAACCCCCUCCGCCGCCCCUCCCGAAUCACCAUACCAUCAACGACCAAGACGUGGAAACGGUAAUUGUGGGUCCUGCCGAGACAAUUUCCGGCAUUAUUGAUACACGACCGAUCGCACAUCGCAAACCGAUUGUCACGCAGGAACAACAAAACAACUUGUACCACAUGAAAAAUGCGACAUCGUCGCCGCAAAUGCACGUGCGAAAUGCCUCGUUGCCCGCAACAGUUAACACCACAACCACAAACUCGAGUAGUAAUAGUAGCAGGUCUACGACAAAUGUCAGCGAAACGCUCCCGAAGCCAGUUCCGAAGCCGCGAAUUGAUGUCCCGCCGGAAAUUAUAAGACCCGCGAGGACGCAUAGCGAACAAAGACCCAAUUCGACGCCGCAUGCCGCUUCGGAUCAUUUUUUAUAUGAGAAUAUGACGCUGAGUGGCGGCGGCAACGGCGGGAGUGCGACAACAAAUCCAACUAGUACAACGAUGAAAUUGACGACGACGACGACGACAGGAUCGACAACAACAACAAUGAUGCCGCAACACGCGACAAUGAAGGACGCCACUUCCGUUGGGUCUGUCAAUACGAAUCAUUUAACUGGAAAAGACUGCGAGAAUGUGCCAUACGAGAACAUCAACUUGGAUUAUAUUACAAGACUGAUGAACGAGGGUUACUCGAAGGAGCAUGUGAUAACGGCAUUAGGCAUUUCAAGAAACAAUAUCGACGUCGCUACCGACAUGUUAAAUGUUUUUGUGCGGAAAGGCGGAGGCUCUGGUUAGCAUCAACCGUAAAUUACUUAAAAAGAACUUUUUCAUUCAUUCUUAUACAAAAUAAAUUUAGACAUAAUUUAAGUAAAAAAAUAUUUAUUUGUUUCUUCAAAAAUGUUAAAUAAUAAUUUUUUUCGCUUAUAAUCGCCUUGGUUGUGAUUUUUUCAUUCAAAUUUUAUUUUUUUUAUUACAAAAAAUGCUUUAAAAUAAUUUAUUAACAUUCGAUCCGUACUAACAUUUUUUUUUUAUUUUUAAGCUUAAACCAAAAAUUAUAAAUUAAAAAAAAUUGCAAAGAAACCAAAGAAAAAAAAAAGAAAGAAGACGAGAUAAGCUGCGUUACAAUCAAACAUUUACGAAUUUAUCUUUCUACAAACCAAAAAAAUGAAAUCUUGUCCAAUUUUAUGAGUUAGUCAAAAGAAAUUACUUACAUUUAGUAUUAUUAGCAUAUGUAUAAAAUAUGUAUGAUGAUGUAUAAAAAUUAACGAGAAUCAAUCUUAAUGAUUAGAAAUGAGGAAAACAUAAAGCAAUAGGCAUUACCUAUAAAUUAAAUUAAAUUAACUAUGAUUACUACUUGUGUAAAUGGAACAAAAAAAGAAUUAGAACACAAUUAAAAAAAAAACAAUUAUCGUUCAUCUAAAAAAAAAACUACGAAAAAAUCUUAAAAACGCUUAUUUUUGUGAAAUUUUUUAACGUGUAUCGCCGAAUUAAUCUAAAAAACUGAAUUUUCCGUUAACAAUGAAAAACAAAAGCAAACCAUACUCAAAGAAUGCAAUAGAAAAACAAAAAAUAAA